GUGCAGCAGCCUGCUGCGUAGUGGACAAGGGGGACAUGGUGUUCCUGUAAGGUGUUUGGACUCUGAGGGAAACUGCGGGGUGAAGGACGUCGAUGGGAGCUGGGGUUUAUUGGAGAGCAACGGGCCGCUCCACAAUCACAGCUCCCCGGACUGACAGGCGCUCAGCUUUGUCCCAGCAGGAGAAAUGCUGUGCACUUGUUCUCAUAAGGACCUGCUCCUGUGUGUGUGUGGCCACCGUCAGUUUUCUGCUCCUCCUGGGAGUCUGCCUGCUCUACUUACCGGACCCGUUCACGCUGGAACCGUCUGUCUCUGAGGACAGCGCGGUGACGCUCCUGAUAUGGACGCACCCGUUUCAUCGGUACCACAAACUUCCGGACUGUUAUGCGAUCUAUCAGAUCGACGGGUGCACGCUCACCGACGACGAAGGCGCGUACCCGCAGGCUGACGCUGUUAUCAUUCACCACCGGGAAAUUGCCACCGGCACCGCUGAUCUGCCCCCGGAACCGCGGCCAGGUGCGCAAAAGUGGAUAUGGAUGAACUAUGAAUCCCCCGCGCACACACCCAGACUGUGGGACUUUGAGGAUGUUUUCAACCUCUCACUGACCUACCGCACAGACUCAGACAUAUUCCUGCCGUACGGGUAUCUGGUACCCCGUGAACGCAGACCCAAGGGUCUCCAGAACAGCUUUGCGCAUCCGCUCCGCGCACCCUCGCGCUCACACCUCCUCCGACCCCGCCUCCUAGCCUGGGUUAUCAGCAACUGGUCGGAGUCCCAUGCACGCGUGGCCUUCUAUUAUAAGCUGCGCCGGUACAUACAGGUGGAUGUGUUCGGGCGCGCGGGCCGCCCGUUACCGGAGGACAGCGGCGGCCCCAGCGUCAGCGUGGUGCGGCUGGUCGGACGGUACCAGUUCUACCUGGCGCUGGAGAACUCUCAGCACACUGACUACAUCACGGAGAAGCUGUGGAACGCGGUGCGGGCCGGUGCCGUCCCGGUGGUUCUGGGUCCGUCCAGGCAGAACUAUGAGCGCUUCCUGCCCCCGGAAGCUUUCAUCCACGUGGACGACUUCCCCACGGUGAGAGGGCUGGCCCGGUAUCUGCUGAUGCUGAGGCGUAACCCGGCCCGGCUGAAGCUGCACCUGGACUGGAGAGGGAGCUACAGCGUGCGCCAGCCCACCUUCUGGGCUGAACACUACUGUGCGGCCUGCAGGGCGGUGAGGAGGACCACAGGCAGGACUGAUGUGAUCAAAGAACUGGAGGGAUGGUUUCACUCAUGACAACAGCAGCAUCACCUCCAGCACGUGACUGAAUUGUGACAGUCAGACUCACUGCCCACCUGAUGACACCCAGCUGUCAGAGUUAACAACUGAAAUCUGCUGACCAGCAACUGUAUUUGUUUGGGAGACUGUUAAUUUCAUUUUAUUUGUAUAACUUUAAUUCAAUCAUGUGAUCACUGAGAAGGACUUUUACUGAUGUUUGUCUGAAUUUGAUUUUGACUGAGUCCAUCCCUGUCGUUUGAAGACGGUUUCAGUCAUCGGAAGGUUUUAGUUGGCCCAUUUGAAAACACUAAUUACUGCCAAAUGUGUCAAAAUCCUUGCUUUCAAAUGUAGUACCAUGCAAGAGUAUUAUUUGUGUGUUGCUAUGGUGUUGGUAUGGUGGUGCUGAAAUUUAACUAUUUGACAGAUAAUGGAUAAAACAAAUGAUCUAUUCCA